GGCCGCAGGUCGUGGGUCUUAAAAUACCCACUGAAAUAGCUGACCGUUGUUCAGCGCUUCUCUAUUCCUAUAGUAAGUUGUACUAAACUUCUAGUAUUUUGCAUAUCUCAUCGCUCAUAUAGGACCACUGUGCAUGGGUAUCAAUUUUAUUGUGUCCUAUGUGUAAACACUCGAACCACUUCGAAGAGGUUGCAGUUGCUGCAAUCAUUAACACCCUGCUGCUGCUACCAACAGCAGUAGUCCUAGAGAGCCUAGUAGCAGCUUAUAACCACACCAUGGCUGAUAAUGGUUUCGCAUACGCAUGUGGUGCGGUGAGUGGCAGUUUUGAAUCACCGACUGGCUGCUGCCGGCAGAGAUGAUACUUCUGCGGAGUUCUUUUUCCAACCGCAAGCAGACAGGCAGUCCGACUCCACAGCAAUGUUGAUAUAAAAGCGAAUAAGUGAUACUUUUGUCCGGCCAUUUAGAUCUUUGCAGCAAACGGAACGGUCGCGAGUCGGUCGCGUGUCGGUCGGGAACGUGUGAGCAUACGAACUCCAACUCCGAGCAAAUGAGGCAACUAGCGAGCACUGCAGCGAUACUUCUGCUGGCGGUGGUAGUCGCUCUGGGUCAAGGCUACAGUGGAGUACCCCGAACGUACAAUCUCGAAUCGGAGGAAGACCGCUAUGGGAAGUACGAACGAGUGCUGCUGGGACUGAAAUCCUCCGAAGGGCUGAACCUUGACAGUAAGCUGCUGGACAAAAUUCGAGAUGUGAUUUUCGAAGACGAAGCAGCUAUGCCGAUGAGAACCGGCGAACGACUGGUGGCCAUUCACUUGGGAAAACCGAAGCAGUCGCGGGAGGUGGCACAGCUGCAGUAUAAAAAUAGGAUAAGAUAUUGAGUAGAGGCGAAAAAUUCCUUGUCAGUACAAAAUAUGUGCAUUUUGUUAUUCACCAAAAUUACUUUUUAGACUGAUAAUUGUUUUUUAACAUAUGUAUACAAUAAAUUAGAUUAUUUUGAA